AUGUGGCAGAACCGAAAAGCGGUGGCCGUGAACGCGGCGAUCAUCGUUUUCCUGACCGUCUACACCCUGAUUGGCGGCUUUGUCUUUCUCCAUUUCGAAGCAGAAUAUGAAGAGUUUUUAAAACGAAACGAAACGAUGGCCAAGGCGCAUUGCAUCAAAGAAAUAUUGUUGAGGUAUCGCCACCAGGUACGGGUACUACGAGAAGCGGAUUUUGCACAAGAAAUUGCUCAUCGGUGUCUAAUGGAAAUUGGGAACGAUCCCCGACACGAGUGGUCCUACAAAACGGCCGCCCUCUAUGGUUUUGGAAUUUUGACCACGCUAGGAUACGGAAAAAUCGAGCCACGAACGACGAACGGGCGGAUAUUUGCCGUAAUCUAUGGAUUUCUCGGAAUACCGAUUACGGUUAUAUUGCUGACGAAUAUCGGGCGAUAUUUGGAGUCGUUGGCGAUGAAGAUUCGCAAUAUGUGCACAAGGUCAAAAGACGAAAGUAACGACACGAUAACUACCUCAACCCUCUUUGUGAUAGUCGUCAUUUAUUUGACGGUCGGCGCCCUGUUAAUCCCGUUGUUAAAUGGGAAAUUCGACUUCUUCAAUGGCAUCUAUUUUGCGUUUAUUUGCUUGACGGCUAUUGAAUAUGGGGAUCUAGUGCCUCGAAACAAUUAUUACGUCCCGAUAGUUCUCGUCUAUGUUUCAAUUGGUCUUGCAAUUUCUACGAUAGCUCUCGAUAUCGGCUCGAUGUACGUCCGAAAGUUGCAUUAUAUUGGGCGUAAAUUGAAGAACAUUGCGAGCAUUCGGAUCUGGUUCGGCGCUAAAGACCUCCGAAUUUCGGAAUUUGUGUCGGCUGUUGGGGCGAAUAUCGGCAUCGAAGAAUCGAUACUCACCGAAUUGGAUUUGGAAAAUUUGGUGAAGUUGGCUAUUCAAGUGAAAGAGGGUCGAUUGUCACGCGUACCACAAACACAUAUGAUUGUGGAGGGUAUCUGGCCACCGGCGCUGGUUCCUCUUUUCAUCAAAGAGGGCCAUUUCCCGACGUUUGUCGAUGAAAAUGAAUAUGAAUACGAUUACAGAUAUGCUAAGAAAAAGAAGAGCGUGGUCCGUUUUGAGGAUGAGGUGCUGUCAACGAGUUCUAUUACCGAACCUUCAUCUAGACAAAUCAGCCGCCUUUCUCCUCCGAAUACAUUUUCGGAUUCAGAUCGUGCCCUUCAAACGGCUCCAUUAAGCCAUUCGGCUUCGCCAUUUACCGGCUCCUGGUCGCUACACUCUUCUAGACGAUUCUCACGAGCAUCGCAGAUUUCGAGGGAUUCUCAGCGCUCCUCGUUCCGCCAAACGGCCUCUAGCCCAUCACAUUGGAUCGAUUCGACAGAGGCGACGAGUACGGUGAUGGACGAAAUGAUGCCGGUGCACGAAUCGGCUUCAUUUGAUACUUCUGUCGCUUCAUCGUUGCCUGGUCAUAGUCAACAAAAUCCGAUCGAAGCCACCUCACCUAAGGGAAUCCAGAAGAAGAAGGGCUUUUUCAAGGGUCGCCCGCUUUUCCUUUGGCAUAAGAAGAAGACGGUCAGCUAUCGAGAACCAGUUGGCCAAUUCGGUAGCGAUGCCCGAAGACCGAUGCUUUCCGUGAGUCAUCACGAUUUUGGGGGUCUAUCUCCUGAUAAGGGCGGCCCGCCACGCAGCGCUUCUAUGGACACCCUUGGGGGGUGUGUGGUGGAACGUGGCGGAGGGCUUGAUCUCAACCAACUUGAAGGGUUGCGUGAUAUGGACGAGAGUCCGUCGCUCGAUUUCGACAAA